AUGUGUACAUCGAUCGAUACCCUCAAGGUCAACAUCAAUAUUAGUCCACUGGAGGAUGGACCCAAGGUUGAGGGUGGCGGAGGGAUCAUCAGCAGACUAGGUCCUUUGAUCAUUCCACAAAACGUCAAGAUACUGGUACUCAAAAUCAAUGCAUCUCUUCAAACAAUCAAAGGAUAUAUUUGGAAGGUUCUAUCAGACAAUCCACAUAUUAUUAACUUCCAUGUGGCAACGAACUCAAACGAAUUCGAUGUGCGAUGUCUGGAUGAACGACGAGAGUUGGCCAUAUGUGUGUGCAAGAUUGAGGAUACAUGUGAUGACACUACCAGCAAGAUGACAUUCUUCCGUCUCGAUCACUUCCUCAACUCUGACAUCAACACCACCUUCAAGACAUUCGAUCCAUUCUUUGAUGACUCUAAACUAUAUGAACCAGAUGAAUAUGAUGACUAUGAAGAUGAUGAUGAUGAUGAUUAUGAUGAAGGUGAUGAUGAAGAUGUCGUGUUCAACCAAACUUUGAUCAAUCACCAACAGUAA